CGAAUGAUAAAAUGAAAGGGUUUAUUGUUGCAAAUAGAAUAAACGAUAUUUAUUUCAUGGAUGUUGAUGAUGAAUUUGCAAAACAUGUCAACAAACAAGCAAAAGAACAAGGACUGAUCAAUGAGAUAAGUGAUGAUGAAGCUCACAUCCUUGAAGCAAAUAUUGUCAUGCAGUUGUUUUCACCAAUUUUUAUGUCACAGUGGUUUAUGAUAGAUCAAAGAAAAAAUCCAUGUAAAUCUAUAACUUGUGAAAAUGGUUUUGUUUUUGUUUUCCAACAUGUUGAAGAUUUAUUGAUUGUUGCUAUAAAUGGAGAUGGAAGUGAGACUGAAGAGUACCUGACAAGAAAAACAAAUAUGUUUGUACGCAUGGUAGAAUUUCUCUUUGGACCUGUUACUGAUGAAAUAGGAUACAGCAAAUUUAGUAAGAAAGCAAACAGGUGGAAUCUUCUGAAGGGUAUUAUGAAAACAUGGAAUCAACUUGCUUUGGAAGAACAUGCUUUUUUAGUGGAGGCAAUUGAGAGAGUACAUAUUAAUAUGAUAGUUAAUGAAAGAUGUGUGGAUGUAUUAGACCAUGCUGUCAACAAGUUACAGAAUGCAGGAGAGAAGAACACAUACCAUGGCUUACUCUUUGUUAACAGUAAACUCCUUACUUUGUAUUCUGGGAGAAAUGUACCUGAACUUAGACCCUCUGAUACUCUAGCUAUAAUAUUGCUGAUAAAACACUUAUUUCCUACCAACGAGAAGCUGGAGGAUUUGUUCUCCUAUUCCUAUAGAAAGUCUGAGCAGGGAUCCACAAAGAUGGAAUACCAGCCUAGCAGCCCAGGUUCAGAUAGAUAUGACAGUGCACAAGAUGAUAUGGAGGAUGAUGAUGAAAAGUAUGCUAGUGCAUUAGAAUCACCAAAUCCAGAAAGAGGAUCAGAUUCAGAUAAUCCUUUUCCAGAAAUGUCAAUAUCGCUGACAGAUGAGAAAAGAUCCACACCGAUAGAAUCAAAAACACCAACUAGAACUCCUACUCCGGAGGCUCUUCACAAAACCAACUCUCUGCCUUCGAUUGGUCGAAGAAGAAGUAGGACAUUUGAAGGUGAAAAUGUUCCUGGUGUGAAUGUUGCUAAACAAAUUGUAGGAGGUGGUAGGGCUAGAAGUAGUAGUUGGGUAGAACCAAGAUAUGAUGACUCAAGAUCUACACCACCUGAAGUAAGAACCAAAACUGCGACACCACCAGUGCCCGAGGAAGUGGAGUCCAUACCAUUCUACAUGUCUCACAUAGUGUUUCUACAAAAUGAACUAUGUAACCACUGUCCACAUCAGCUCCAUUGUAUACAGGUGUUCCCUGGCAUCACACUUGUUCUUGUCAGUGAGAUGCCUAGAGCCAGUUUAGCUAACACUCUCUGCCAAGUGUUAUUUCUUCUGAAACAAGUUGUGUUAGGAAAAACAAGUCAUGGUCACUGGGCUCAGGGACAGAAUAUGUAUGACACUGUUAACACCUUGAUAAGCAAAAUGUCUGCACCUCUUAGAAGAGCAAAGGGAAAUGUUCCGGCAAUAUUUAAUGAUGUUUUGAAGAGAUGGGAUGAUCCAGUAUUCAAGGGACUUCUUUUAAGUUAUUUAGAACAACCAAGGGAUAAAGAAAUCCCUCCAAGUAUAGAAAGAUCCCUUACCUAUCUGUUGAAGAAGAUGAAGGAUCUGUUUCUAUUCCUGUACUUACUACCUCGUCCACUGACACCACAACUGGAGAGAAUGGUGACACAGAUUAGAGAAAGAGCAGGACAAAAGCUAAGAGAUUUCAAAGAAUAUUUGUGUGUCAAAGCACAACGUAAUAUCACAAUGACAUCAUAUAUAGAACAGUUUCCAGGCCUGGUGCAUUUCAUAUACAUAGAUAGGAGGACCAAUCAAGUAACUGCUCCAUCGUUUAAUAUUACUUCUGGAGAAACAACACUAGAAACAGGGGAGACAACAUUCAAGGAAAUGGAUGCAACAAGAUUAUUAAAGGAUAAGGUUUGGAAAAUGAUGGAGUUUAUGCAGUUAAAACUGAAAAGUGGGACCACCUGUGUAGCAGCAAGAGAAGGAGACUAUUACUUCUCAUACUUCCUGUGGUUUGGAGAUUCUUCGGGUAAUAUUAUAACACCACAACAGCCUCUGCAAGUAUCUAUACCCUUAUCAAGUCCUGGUGUAUUAACCAGUAACUUUUACAGCAUGCUACUGAGACGAUGUUUCCCUAAUAUGGUACCAGGAUCUAUUGCUUGUUUUGAACUUAUGAUGAUGCAUGUAGGAUUAGUCAGUUUGUCAUACAUAACAGACAACAGGACACGUCUGACUGCAUUGUUAAGAAGUAGUUCUGGAGAAUCAGUAUCACCAAUGACUUUAGCAUUAUAAUGAUAUUAUUUUAUAGUACUGUUAUUCAUUUAUUUGUGUGGGUACCAAAUUCUGUAAUUAAGAAAAAGUGUUUUUGUGUGUAUUCGAUUUCUUGGUUUUAACAAUGUCUUUAUACAUUCCUGUAGACAAUUUGUUAUUCUUUGAUAUUUAAAUUUGUGGUUCCCCUGUACCCAUGAAAUCCACUUAAAAAAUUACUUUCAAACAAAUAACAAUGAAUUCACAGUAUUGUGAAGGCUCCAAAAAGGAGAAAAGGUGUUAUAAAUAUAUCAAAUUGCAUACUUGGGAAGUUCAUAAGAAAUUAAGUCUGUCAAUUAUAAUUAUUUAUAUUUUUAUGUGUUUAUCGGAUAUACAUGAAUAUGUGUAUUGGCAUUAGGACACCAAAUUUUAUUUAGAUUAGUUUGUAAACUGUCAAUGUAUUUUAACAAAUUAGACUUAAAGAACAUCUGUGCUAGAGAUUAUUGUCACCAAAAUUAAGAGAAAUAA